UCAUCUCAAACCGCUAACAAGAGCCAAGAAAAACCAGGUCCUCUCACCAACCCAGCCAACAUCCAUCCGAUCCGCGUCAACGGGACAUACAACGCGCCAUCGCCAUACCGCGGUCCACCCACCCCCGAAGUCGACGCCGCAUGGGAAGAAUACUGGAAAGUAUGGAUGGUGGGUAUAGACGAAGAGACAUUCCAAGCAUCGAACCCACAGUAUCCCGAAGCUUCGGUACGGCUGGAAGAGAGCGGGCAGUAUCUAGCCACGCUCGAGGCGACACAUCAGCUGCACUGCUUAUAUAACCUCUUCCGAGCAUCAUAUCUGGAUGUGUAUCAAGAUGAAAGAGCGGAGUAUGAGAAGGAUCCCCGCAAUUGGCAUGAACGGGUGGAUCAUUGCGUGGAGAUUCUGAGGCAGAAGUUGGAAUGUGACCGAGACACGGGCCUUAUUACGUAUAACUGGGUACGAGGGAAAAAGGUGCCCACGGCGAAUUUCAAUGUCCAGCGGAUGUGUCCGGAGUGGGGGGUUAUGGAUCGUUGGGCGGUUCAGCGUCAGGUGUCGGAGUUACCAACCAAGCCGUCGAAUGCGGUGCAGCUUUCGUUUAUUCCAUGA